AUGUACUUCUCAAAGGCAGGUGUCGUGGCUCUGCUGGCGGCGUUGCCGUCCACUCUGGCUUGUCUCGGCUACGAGGGUGGUCUUCCCACUCCUACUAGCACCAAGACCAACAGCAAAGUCAUCGAGGUAGCAGCUGGUGCCACAUUCGAUGGUGGCUGGGCUAAGUAUGACCGUGGCUCGGGUGCCUGCAACGAACAGGCCGAAGGAGGUGACGCCGAUGCCGUAUUUCUGCUCCGCAAAGGCGCAAAGUUGAAGAAUGUCAUCAUUGGGAAGAACCAGGCUGAAGGUGUGCACUGUGACGGACCCUGCACUCUCGAGUUCGUCUGGUUCGAGGACGUCUGCGAAGACGCCAUCACUAUCAAAAAUGACAAGGCAGGUGAAGAAACCUGGAUCAUCGGUGGUGGCGCCUACAAGGCAUCCGACAAGAUUGUCCAACACAACGGCUGUGGAACUGUGAACAUUAUCAACUUCUACGCCAACACUUACGGCAAGCUAUACCGCUCUUGCGGAAAUUAG